UUUGACAACAAUGCAGGCACAAAGCGGUUAGCUAGCAGCUUUGCUCGGUGGCAGUAAUACCAUUUACGAAUGUUUCGGGUACACCAAACCGUGGAAAGCCUUACGGUAUGGUUAUUAAUCUUGAAUAUCACAUUUUCGUGUUUGUGUGUACCUUCCUUGAGUAUUUAUCGCUGUCAAGAUGAGACAGUACAGGACAGGGCUGGACAUCCUCAACAUAACUGUACCUCAUUGUGCACACAAACAUCAUAUUACACAGGGAAACAUGGGAGCCUUUGCACUGACCAAGAAGGAGAUUCAGCAGGCCUGAUGUUACUCAGGGUUGAUGGUACAGUGGAAGCCAAUAAGCCCAUGUUGGUUCUUGGAUGGAGCCCAGCUUCCUCCUCAGCGCCCACAGGUCCGUGGGGACACUCGUUUUACUCGUCCUUCAGCUACAUGUCAAACGCCCUGCGCCCCAGGAAGAUCAGGAGCACGCUCAUCAGACAGAGCCCACCGCACCCUCCCCCUCAGGUUCAGAGUGUGGCGCCUCCAUCUUCGUUUGGGGUCAAAUUUCACAAGUGUGCUCAGGUGAGGCUCGACACCGAUCCCCCUCAGUUGACUUUCUUCCUGCUGAUCCACAACAUGGACCCCUUGGGGGGCACCAACCUAUCUCAGGUGGCGAUCCGAGACUCCAUUUCAGGAAUACAUCCCAUAAAAACAGAAGGCAGAGUCGUGGAAAAAGGCUAUCAGACAUUUGCAAUCGACUCACUUUUGGCUGGAUCCCAAGUUUUUGUUAAUUAUACUGCUCAUUUAAGGAGUUUCAAGAAUGAAGUCCUUGAUCUUCCUGCUUUUCUGACCUUCUCUAAUGCCUCACAGAAUGAUGUUAGUAUGUUUGGACCUUUGACAGCGAAUCUAAUGCUGAGGGUGAAUUCUACUGACCAGAUUUAUCUGAACCACAGAGUCCAUUUUACUGGAUUUGUUGCUGGCUUCUUCAUCGCCUUGGUGCUGCUGUUGCUGGCGUUUCUGGUCAUGAACUUCACAAAUCCCAGAGCAAGAAUCCGCCUUUUUCAGCACAAGAGAAACAAAUGUGAUUCUGACCCUGAGGACGCAGAGUCCACCAUGAGUGAGACGGUCAAAGAUAAAGCUGCAUUUGAAGACAGGAUAGUGGAUGUCAUGGUGCUGGAGGAUCCUCAGAACAUGUAUCAAGCUUUGGAAAACCUUGAAAUGUCGUCACUGCUGAAUGCCGCCAGUAGCCUGGAGACCACUCGGAUUCAGAUCUACAAAGACGUGAUGUCCUGCUUGCUUGUGGGCCUUCAAUCAUGGGAGGAAGCCAGUUCUCAGGCCCAGCAGAAGCUGCUCAGUGUGCUCCAUGGACAGCUGCUGGGCGUGGAGGGGCGUCUAAAGGAGGAGCGAAGGGCACGGAUGGGUGUCCUGGCAGGUCGGUGUAACCUGGAGACUCGGGAAGAAAUUGAGGCAGAACAUCAUCGUGAAGCUGCUGAAAAGGCCCAGGCUGAUCUGCUCUGUCAACAUGCAGACCAGCAGGAGCUUCUUCAGUGUGGUGUCCUCCUGGAGAAGCUGCACAAGCUGAGCCAGAGCCAGCUUCAGCGCCUCCUCUUGGUUCGCCAUGAAGAAGCCUCAGCAAACGUCCAGAGGCAAACCAUCGAGUGGAGGCGGGUGGAGCUGCACAAGAUCUUCACUGAAGAACUGGAGGAGGCCACAAGAAUGGGAGAGUUAGACAAAACCACAGCAAGGACUCUUCAACACGAGUACUUCUCUUGUCAGGAUCAGCUAGAGGAAGUGUUGGAUGUUGUUGUUGCUAAUCAGCGUUACGUGCUAGCUGAACGCAGUGCACAGAGGAAGUUCCUGGUGCACAGCCUUUACAGCCUGAACGGCCUGAUUUCUGACACCUUCACCAGCACCUCCAGCAGCUUGGACAGCUGGUUCAACCGUAUAAGGAGAGGGAGUCUCAUACCUGCAGAGCAGAUUGACCAGCUGAAAGAAAAGGCCCAGAAAGAGCUCGUCCUGGUGAGACAAAGACUGGAUGAGACGCUGAGCCAAGAGAAGAGAGCGAUGCGCUGCGGACUGAUUAAGAAGAGGAGGGAGCUCAUCUCUGACAUGGUGAGAGUCCACAAACAAAGAGAGAGGGAUUUGUCAAAUAUGUCUAAAAAUCUGGAGAAAAAAAUCGAGUUAUCUCAGCACCUAAAUUGUUGGCAGAACUUAUUGACGGCUCAAAGUUUGGAGCUUGCAGAGCUGAUCAACAACCUGGACGAGGAAGCUGCUGCAGACAUCCGCAAGGUGACGAUGCGAGUGAUCCAGGGCGCUGUAGCUGACAUUAAAGCCAUCCAACCAUCUGCUGCUCAGGCUGUCCUGGCACUCUUGCCACCAGGGGAAAAACACUCGAUGCUGCAGGUGGAAGCAAAGUCAGGCCCAGGAAAGACCACAGGACAAGGGGCAAGCACCUUUCUGCAGGGGCAGGAAAGGCUUCACCAGGAAGGCAAGGCAGCCUUACACACCCUCAGCUCCACCAGGGAGGCUCUGCAGGAUGCCAUGGAGAAAGAGCUGCAGGAGCAGAAGGAGCUCAGGAUGCGCUGGAGAGAUUUUUUCAGGUGUUUGUGUUUGUCCCAAUUGACUCUGUCUGAAGACGACAGGCUGAGGAUGAAACUGGAGUUUCAGAAGUGUCUGUCUGUGACCGACCGCUGUCUCGUUCUGCCUCACGCCAUCUCCAGAACGAAGCUCUGCGUUGCCUUGGCAACAUGGAGAAAGGAGCGUGAAGAUCAGAUGGCAAGUAUGCAGUCCAAGGGGAAAACCACCGAGGCCAGAAAUAAAACAGACACAUCUGGUGUGUUUUUCCAGAAGAGGCUUCAGGACAGGAUUCAUCUGUUUGAGAAGGAGAAGGAGAUGGAGAGCGGCGUUAUGGAUAAGGUGUUGGAGGAGAUGCAGAGGGAGAGAGGAGAUUACCUGCACUCUCAGGCAGACAGCCUGGCCAUGCAGAUGACUACAAUCAGCUACCAAAAAGCUGAGAGAUGGAUGAAAGUUUUGGAGACUUCCAGAGUCAUGGUGAACCUACAAAGCCUGUUAAUUCAACAGCUCAGGGACAGGAAAAACCUAGAAAGGCAAAAAAUGGCUCAGAGUAUACACAAACACUUCUUGGGCCUAGUGGAAGCAGAGCAACAUCUUCAAACGGAGAAGAAAGAGUUGGACGGCGUGCAGACGUCUCAGCCCGGAGCGGCAUCAAGUCGGAUCCACCAAGGCUGCUCUGAAGUAGAGGAGACGAGUGAGGAAGACGACGUGUUUCAGCUGCAGGCCGACCGCAGGAUGGAGGCCAUCCUGCACGAGGCACUUCACAAGAGAGAGCAGGUCCUCACACGGAUGUUAGGAAGGUUUCAGGCAACGACUGCCAACAAUCAAGCCAAGGAAAAUUUAAAGGACCAGAUGGAUCUCAGUCGACUUUAUUCAAACUAUGACCAGGAGCUGAAGUUUGCAUCUCAGCUGGUGAAGCAAAGUCACGUCUCUGUCGAUGUCCUUUUCGAGACACUGCGUCUCCUGCUUCCAACUGUGGCUGAAAGUGAGCUUCUGUCAAUGACUAAAGCUCUCUGCUCCAGACUUUACUCAGCUUCAGAGUCUGCAGAGCAAGAGGAUACUGGAUGGGCCGGGGAACAGAACAGACUUCUCCCUGUCAAACUGAGGGAACAUGUGGUGCAGAAAAAUAUUGGAAAUGUGCCGAGCUGUGCAGUGGAAAAAGAGAGGCAACACGAAAAGUGGCAGAGUCUGGUGGAAAAACUGCUCCCCAGAUCCCGUCUUCUGCUUCCAAGAGAUGUUCCUCCUCUGCCAGUUGAAGUAAAGGGGAAACUGGACAGUGUUCCAAAAGCGCAGCUUGUUUUGAAAGCAGCCGAGCUUGUGGAGCAGCUGCAGAGUGACCCAGUGGACUCGGUGAGGGAAGCUGUGCACCACCCAGCAGAGGAAAGCAUGAGCUCAGCCUCUGCCUGCAGCGUACUGGACAGCACCACUGUCACCGGAGAACACCUGUUUGUGUUUCGAGACCCGCCUCAAUCACGGGACAUCGUGAGUGUCCCACAACAGAAGAAGAGGAGGAAUUUUCUCAAUCUGAAGAAGGGCUCAGUUGCUCCAACGACAUGAACUUUACGUGCGAUGUCUUUUUCAAAGGUUCUCAUUCUGUUUGAAGUACAUUUUUAUAUACCAAAAGGAUUUUUAUAAUUUUACUGUGUAGCAAAACCAGAGCAUGUUCUGUACCUGUCAAUAUAUCUGUAGUUUUUGGUUUUGUUUCAAGUAAAGGCA